CAUUAAUUAUUAUAAUUAUUGCAACGUUGGCAUUUCAACGAAUAUGACGUAAGCUGCACUAUCGACACAAGGACCAGAACUUUACAAACAACAAUCUGCAACAGGUUUAAUUUCGCUGAAGGAGGGAGAGCGCUGAAUAGCCAAGACAUUUGUCAUUCACGGCGUUCCUCGGCAUCCAGCCUCAACUAACGCACUACAAGCAGCUUUGGAUAUCGCAUUCCUCACGGGAAAUACGGAAAGGGUUGUGGUUAUUAUUGCCUACAAGCCACUCACUCCUACCGAAAAUAGCUUGCUCAAUGGUGAACUCGAACCGGCUCGUUCUAAAUCACCAUCAAAGGAUUGUUGAGAAACCCAAAAUAACCAAAAGCAAUGGUAUGAUCAUUGGGGGAGAAAAAAAAGCAACUCGCGAGCUUGCCGCCGCACCAUCCAUCCCACUCACAGGCACCAGCAAGGCUUGGGCAACCCUGCAUCCUGGUGGCGUUUUCAGCAGCAACACUCGGGGGAGUUCCGUGUGGAUGAAGCCUAAGAGCGGCGCCCUGGAAAUGGCGUGCGUCCUUGCAGGAUGUGGCUUCGUCUGCAGAACGCUCAGAGCUACGGAGUAGUUACGGAGUACUAUUUCGUAGUUACAGCGCUGUUGCGUUCCUUGACCGCUCCGAGCAAAGCCAUGGCCUUCCGUCCUCUCGCUGGGGUGGAUGUACUCUGUGCCGUACUGCCACGCACUAUUGCUGACACUUUACAUUGAAAGUACGCAGUAGAGUGCGCAGCGUACAGCCACGUAUUUACAGUACACAGGUACGGCCGUAUAUACCGUACUGUACUCCGUACUGAGGUUGGUUGGUGAAAAGUUUCGCGGAAAACAGGUUGGUAUCAGGAAGUUCCGCCCUUCUGAAUGAUGCAUUAUCAGAUGCUCAAGCAUGGCCAUGGUAGGGAAUACCAGGCACGCGGGCAACAAAGCAUUUCGGAAAUGACAGACAGCCUAGAAACAUUGUAUGCUCCCUGUCAUAAAAAGAAAGGGAGAAACAGAGAGAGAGAGAGAGAGAGCGCAAUGCUCUUGAACAGGGUUGCUCCCUGCAGCCAACCCAACCUGCUUCUAAUCCCUUCAGCACUAUAAAAAACAAUCUAUCCUAGACCAUGUACCACCAUGUCAAUGAUUUGCUAAAUGAACAAACUUACAUCAUGCGUUGUGGCAAGGGUCAAUGCCAGCGCCAUCUGCCACAUCACCACUCAUUGGUUGGGCAACUGCUUGGUUAGCCCAGUGUUCUCAUGUGUUUCACAAUUUGGGCGACCUCACCUCAUUAUGUUAUCUUAAGAGCAGGGUACAUACAAAAUAACUAUUCAGGGACAAUCGCCGUUGUCACCAUCAAAACUGUCUUAUUUUGUCCUGAUUAUCGUUUUCCCGCGAAGAAAUACCUACUUGAAAUAAAAGGGAUUUACAUGGAACCAUCCCAUCAUUGAUAGGGACGCCCCCACUAAAUUAGAAUAGGCAUGGCUCGGUAAUUGACUUUCCAUUAAUUAAGUUAAUAUGUAAAAAACUGGAAAUCUUAUAUGCAUAGGAUGAACACGCGUAAAAAAAGUACUGUGUAGUGGUUAAAAGAUCAAACAGCACCCAUCAUAUCUACAAUGCCUCUCAAAUAAUCCUUCUCAUCCUCUCACAGAUUCUCCAAAGCCACCUGUUCUGCCUGCUGUGUAUCACAAGAUGAUAGAGUUGAAAUAGAGAAGCUUCCAUUAUUUCUUCAAAAAAUUGCCUUUUAUUGUCCUUAAACUCUGUUGGAGGUUCCUACACCCACCAGCCCUAACCCACGUGACCCCACAUAUAUUAGUUUGCCACUAGCUAGAUUAAUACACACAACAUGAAACCUCUCAAACUCAGCUCAUAAGAUGGUUAGAUCAGUCAUAUCCUGCAGCUUCUGUCGCUGGCACCGGCAGUAGUAGAAUGAGAUCUUUUGCCCCCCAGAGCAGCCGAGGGAGUAGAAGGGUGGGCUACCGUAGGGCCCAGGUAGGCAGUGGUUUCUACGUGCACAUAAGAUUUCCGGUUUUUACAUAAUUAAUCAAUGGAAAUUCAAUUACCGGCCUAAACCCAAUUGAACUUAGUGGGCGCGUCCCUAUCAAUUACAUAUAUAUCCCCGAAAAUAAGAAAUAAGCUAUCCUCACGGAAUAAUUGUGGGUAAAUCGUUGUUGAUUCGACCCACUGCAUCUCACUUCCAGCCCAACCCUCCCCAGCGUCCCCACGAGUCACGAAGCUGGUAGAAUUACAUGAACGGGGACCAAAGCGAUUUAGAUGUCCGGCCCGCAUGGAUAGAUGGGCCUUUCUAACCCACCCAAACCCGGCCAUGAGGCAUCUCUCCACCGGGCUUUUAAGUAACACCAAAGCACCGACCACAUCCUCCGUGGGACUCAAGCGUUGGGGUAUGUUGUGCU